AAAUUCUUGGCUCGAAGCGAAUCGACCUCUGCCAUCGGUUCGAAUCGCGUUGGUUCACAGUUAGGUUCGUACAAGUUACAAAAUUGGAGAUCGACGAGCGACUGGAGUCGAAGAGUUAAUUAGGAUUCGGCCAGGCGUCGGGGAAUAUUUAUUUUCAAAAGAAUCGUUAAAACCUCAUACAACAUUUUUGUACACGUAUAAAUUGCGAAUAGUUUUUGCAAACUGGUAUAUGACGCGUUGGAGUGCAGAGUGGAUUGUAGACGUCGAUAUUAAAAUGGCGACAAAAAAAGCGUCGAUUCUGGCGCAGUUCGCCGCUAUUUUUCUCACCCUCCUCGUCGCCGAUGUACGCUGCAACGAUCCGAACGACAAACUUCGCGCCGUCUACUCUUGGAAGGCCUUAGAAUUCACCUUCCCGAAUGAACAGGCCAGAGAAGCUGCGAUAGCCGUGGGAGAUUUCAUACCCGGAAGUCCGAUGCCAAUCGACGUGGACACUUAUCUGCACGACGGCAGAUUCGGCAGGCGGAUAUUCGUGACGAUUCCGAGAUUCCAGAAGGGGGUGCCGGUCACCCUGGGGUUCGUCACUACCGAGGUGACCGCCGACGGAAAUCCGAAAAUCGCACCCUAUCCCAACUGGAAUUGGCAGAGAAGCGGCGACUGCGACGGUCUCACCAGCGUGUGGAGGAUCGAGAUCGACCGGUGCGGACGACUCUGGGUAAUGGACACGGGAAAAAUCGAAGAGCGUCAAGUCUGCCCGGCCCAGUUAUUAGUUUUCUCGCUGGAGACGAAUCGUCUGAUAUCGCGGUACAGAUUCCCGCAGAGUCAAGUGAGGGAGAGCUCGUUAUUCGUAACACCGAUAGUCGACGCGCGGGGACACAUGUGCCACGACACUUUCGUCUACAUAGCGGACGUCUCGGGAUUUUCACUGCUCGUCUACGACCACCAGAAUCUCCGCAGCUGGAGGAUAAGCAACAAUUUGUUCUACCCGUAUCCCAAUUACGGUACGUUCGACAUAAAGAAUGAGGUUUUCGACCUGAUGGACGGUAUAUUGGGGAUGACUUUGAGCCCCCUGAGGCCCUACGGAGACAGGAUUCUCUACUUUCAUUCCCUGGCGAGCAAAGUCGAGUCCUACGUUCCAACGUCUGUGAUAAGGAACUACACGUUGUUCGCGGAUAAUCCGGAAGCGGCUAGCCGUUCGUUCGUAGCUUUCAAAAACGAGAGGAGCACCCAAUCGGCGGCUCAGGCGAUGGACAAAAACGGAGUAUUGUUUUUCGGACUGCUGUCGGAACUGGCGAUCGGAUGUUGGAACAGCGUGAACUACGAUUACGGCGACGAGUUCAUCGAAAGGAUAGCGCAGAACGAGGACACCCUCCAGUUCCCGUCGGGGAUAAAGGUAAUCACGUCGAAGAACGGUCGUCAGGAAUUGUGGGUGAUGACGAUAUCGUUCCAGCGAGUUAUGACGGGUACGAUGAGUCCGAACGAGACGAAUUUCCGCAUCCAGGCGGCUGUGAUCGACGAACUAGUUCGCGGCACGAAAUGCGACGUAGCCUCGAUAAACAUCAAUUCCGUAAGACAGUCGACCCACGGAUCGCUCACCUUUCCGACGGAAUGAAUGUCGAGACCCCGCGAAAAGUUCGACGGGCCCGAAAUCGUCGCAUACUUUUCGCGGGGGCUUAAAAAAUUUCGCCAUCGCGGUCCCCUGGAUUCGACGAGACUCCGCGUCGCUCCCAAAACGUACAGUUUUUACGUCGACCAUUCUCGAAAUCCGGGGCAUUGAUCUCCCGAUCCACCUCAAUGGGGUACGGAAUCAUCCUUGCGAUGGCGAAAUUAUUUAUUAUGAAGAAAUACACUGUCGUUACUAAUCAUAGUUACGGUGUUCAAACUAGUCGCUUUUCUGUUUUUCAAUUUUUAGUGUGUAACGUGAACUCUUUUUUUUUCUCUCUCUCUCUCUGUACCCACUAGAUAUAUUCAUCGAUAAUCUCAUCCGGAGUGAAAUGAUACUCUCGUAAUUGACGAUGUAAUUAAUUCAUCGCACCGCUGAACAGCGUGAUCGUAUAUUAAUAUAUAUAUAAUUUAUUAUAACUAAUAAACUAGUGAAAAGCUAACAAUACGUAGACUAGCCGUUAUUCGCGAACUCGAAGAAUAGAAAAGAUUUUUGUUGUUUUAAUCGUUUUAUCCGUUAAUACCGACCAAAAAUAAGAUUGGUUUUUUUUUAAUCUAAGAAUAUUGUAAAUUAUUUCCGAUGUGACAUGGAUCAAUAAAUUUAUCCGUUGAUUGAAAAUAA